AUGAGAUAUCCACCCGGCGGAGCAGAGUUCCAAGAGUGUAUGCGAGAUCGAUGUCUUAAAGAAUGCCCUUCUAGUCUCCUCGAUGAAAUACAAUACGACGAUGCGAAAGCCCGGUGUGUUCAGAAAGGUUUGCUAGAUGGGGACGCCGACUUUCAGACCUGCGUGACGAAUUCAUUGAACGGGACCGUGGAGGAAGAAUAUCGUUGCCGCUUGCAAUUUUUCGACACCAACACCUAUUGUACCGGUCUCAAUUAUACAAGCGGCGAGUACAAGUACCAGGACUGCAUCACAAAAUCAAUCAUUUACAGAGCCCGGAAAUAUUGCGAACGUGACGAUGAUGAUGAUGACGACCGCUUGAACCUCCACAAAUGCAUUUCUGAUCAGCUGGCUGGCCUUUGCUCGAGCGAUACCCUAUGUGAAGAGCGGUAUCCUGAUGCACAAAGCUAUUGCGCGCCAGAGAAUGGCGAUGAAUACGGAAACCCGGAGUUCCAAAAGUGUGUCGCAAAGCUACUGGACCCAUUCUGUCGCAAGGACUUCGCCUGUGAUAAGAGAAAAGAAGAUUCCGAGGACUAUUGCCGAGACCACGAUCAUGAAGACCUUAAGGAACUUGAUACAAAGUUUGACAAAUGCAUGAAAGAUUGCCUGGGUGCAAUAUGCCCAGAAUACUCGGAAGCCGCCCAACAACACUACAAGCAGUACGCCAUGGAUUUGUAA